UACGCACCUCAAACGUACUUGAAUAUAUACGCAUGUGUGACCCACCUUUACUAGGUGGCUUCCGUAACGUUGUUGUAGCAGUAUAUUGCUAUAGCGCCAUCGUGUACACAAACCCACUGCGAACAGUCUAUUUUCUCUUUACCGCGAAUUGAAAUCACCGCGAAAUUGAAUAUGUCUCAACCAUUAAAUGUCAACCUGAAAUACUAAAUUAAACCAUUAAAUGUCAACCUGCAUGCAAAUUACGUUAGGGGUCAGACUGGACUGUCAUUGUCAAACCGGUUUUAUCAAAAUUUAUGGCGCCCGCUGCGAAUAUACUCCAAGAAGUAAACAGAGACUCAGGCAUAGAGACUCCCAAGUUUCCUGCUCGAGGUAAAACAUAGAUGUGUGAAUAUCAUUUUGAUAAGAAGAAGCUGGUCUUGUGGUUGGUGUUGUUGAUCUUAUAAUCUAAAGGCCAUGGGUUCGAAUCCCUGGCAGCCUUCAAUGUUGUGCGCUUGGAAAAGAGUACUGGUGAAAACGAGUACCUUGCUUCGGCUAGGGACUUAGGCCGGGGUCCCAUGUUUGCAGGGACGUCCACCGGACUUACCGAAAAGAGUAGCGGUCCUUCUCGGUGUGAGUGGAUCAAACCUUACAGUCCGGUCUUGCGCACUUACUGUGCAAAGCCGGUGUGUUACGUGUAAAGGUGGUUUACCAAUUAUCCGGUUUCAAAACGUCCUUAUAUUUGCCAAAUUUGCAAUCAAAUGAUUUCCUGAAUGAAUGAUCAGUGCAAGGUGUAGUAGUAAACUUUUUUGACUGGCUUACAAGGACUCCUGCCACUAGCUUUCUACGUAUUACAACAACUUAAUCAAUCAACUUCUAUUUUGAUUUGUCAAUUGCGCUGUCACUAACUACUUCAAGUUUCACCAUCGCCAGCCAAGUAUAUCAGAGACAGAAGCCACAUUAAAGGAUCGCUAAACACCAGAAGGGGAUGUUAUGUUCCAAUUAUAUAAGCCUAGAAUGCACACUUCUUCACAGUAUACAAUAAAGUACCCACUAAUCGCGCGCACAUAAAAAGAGCAACUCCCCAAGUACACCCUAGGCAAUCUCGGCCUAGCUUAUGGUUGGAUACAAUGAGCCUGUCAAGGAUUGACAAUAGUAUACGUUUCAGAAAAAAAUGCGAAACAAAUGCAACAUGUACCAGUCAGAACCGGUCAGAACAAGUCAGCAAGGAGUCACAGAAUGUUUACAGUAAAGGUACAUGACUCGGUCAAGGGCCAAGGGUCAAGGACAAUCUACAGCAGCUGGUGUGGACAAUACGUGUAAUGAUAUGAUAAUAAGUAUAGAUCAGGUUUUACUUUUCACAUUGUGUAGCGCUAUGCAAUAACUGACACAUAAAUGCCAGUAACGUUAUAUAAAGUUAUACAUAAGUAUAGCUAUAACCAAUAUCAUGUAGAAAGCAAACCUCAACAAUUGAUGGAGUUUGAAACAUGAAAUUGUAAAAUUUUGUGGAGUUUUGAAUUUAACGCAACAUGUACCAGAUAGAACUAUUCAAUGGUAAAUGUAUAUGAACCCGUCUCAAGAUUAUAAAAAGACUGCAAAGUAUGCUCUAAUUGGUCCCUGACAAAUUCAUUCCUGUCAUGACGUCUAUAGUGCGAGACUGUUAAUCGACUGUUUAGGAACCAGGAACAAACUGUCAAUAGACUGUCUUAGAUUGCAUUUAUUGAGCACAUCUUCACUUUUAUCAUUUUACCUUAAAAAAUACUUACCAAUCUCAACUUUCUUUACUGGCUAAAACUUUUAAGUUUUAAAAGUGCCUUUGAAACAAAUCAAUUUUUUUUUUGCCUUUAUUUCAAAGGCACAUCUUUUCUCCGUCGGACAACGAAAUUAUUUGCCAUCGUUCUGCAGAAUUAAAUCUUUGGAAGGACAGAAAGAUGCAGCACAUGGAUGACCCGCCAGACGGCGGCUGGGGGUGGAUGGUGGUGUUGAGCACAUUCCUCGUACACGUCAUCGCCAUAGGAUCGUACAGGUCCUUCGGGGUGUUCUACGCCGAGUUCCGAGAGGUGUUCCAGGAAAACGCGGGAAACACGUCCUUCGUCAGUUCUGUCUACAUAGCUACUCAACUGAUGUGCUCUCCCAUCGCCAGUGCCCUGAGCAACCUGACCAGCUGCCGUACCGUCGCCAUGACAGGAGGCGUCAUUUCUGCCGUGGGACUCGGCCUCAGCUUCUUCGCACAGAACGCUGUACAUCUCAUCAUCACUAUUGGGCUGAUAACAGGAUUUGGGAAUUCUCUGAUGUUAUCCCCAAGUCUGGCCAUGGUCGGGAAAUACUUCCACAAGCGGCACGCCACAGCCAACGGGAUCGCGAUCAGCGGCAGUGGAGUCAGUUUGUUCAUCCUCUCGCCGCUCUUCCAGUUCCUCAUCGACGAAUUUGGGUGGAAAGGUGCUCUCCUGAUUUUCUCCGGCAUUGUUCUGAACGGCUGCGUCUGUGGCGCCUUGCUGAGACCCUUACGCCUUAAAGACGCUGGCAAAGACGGAGAAAAUGAAGAGGAAGACGAAGAGGCUGCAGAUUCAUCAAAAACGUGCAAAGCCAUCAUUCCGUUCUGUCACAAAGUCUUAAAGAUGUUUGACGUGACUUUAUUAAAAAGCCGACCUUUUCUUGUCUACAGUCUGUCACUAUUUGGACUAACGCUGGGGAAUUCGAUGAUCUUCGUGCACCUGGUAGCCCACGCACAAGGGCUUGGUGUGGAGAAGACGCAAGCCGCAUUCCUCCCGUCCAUUCUGGGCAUCGUCGAAGCAGUGGUGAGACCAGUAAACGGAUGGCUGUCAGACAAGCUACCAGUCAGGAAACUGCACUAUUACAUGGUGGGUUGUGUUGGCUUGGGGAUAUGCAAUAUCGCCAUACCCCACUCGCGGACAUACGCGGCCCUCGUAGCUUGCAUGGUGUUCUAUGGGAUUUCUUCUGGCACCUUCUACCCGCUGAUCGCGGUCCUUGUGAGGAAAUACAGCGGUAUUUCCAGGAUUUCCGGUGGGCUUGGGUGGGCGUUUGUCUUCCAGGGUGCAGCAUAUCUCCUUGGACAACCCAUAGCAGGCUGGCUGUAUGACGCAACUGGAAACUACGACAUGUCCUUCUAUGCCGCUGCGACCUUCAUCUUCGUCUCCGUGGCCGUUCUCCUCCUCCUCGUGCCGAGGAAAGGGAAAAGCUGGGCGCUGGAGUCUGGCAAGCCUGCCCCUGACGUCCCACAUGACAAGUGUGACGGGGUGGUUGGACUUAAAGCCAGACAAUUGCCUGUCAAUACUGAUAAUCUUACUACUGGAGGCCAAAAGAAUCCAGCUUUCAAAAGUGAGAUGUGAACUGUUAACGUGUGCGUAGCGAUAACAGGUCCUUUCGCUCCAUUGUCAGUUCGGUACAGUCGUUUCGCCACAUGGCACUAGCCGUUUCACUAUGAGGCUUGGAGGGUAACAAUCACUUGCGUGUUUAUAGCUGUCAGUGAAUGAAAUCAUGACAUCUGUCUUUAGCUGGUUGUCGCUCUAUCGGUAUGUACACAGAACGUUGAAAUGUAAUAACUUCGACAUCAACCAUACAACACAUGAUGUGUAUGCAGAUGCAGGCUUUUAAAUCUACAUUUGAUAUACCAUUAUCUGUGUUGUGUCAGAGAUGUAUGCUUUUGAUUGCAAAUCAUGCAAAUUAGGACUUAAUAUGCAUGAUUAAUCUGGACAUUAUAUAUUUCCAGUUUUUUGUCAAUAUAUACAUUUUAAAGCUUAUGGAACAUAACAGAUAUCAUGCCCAAAUAAGGGUUUAUUUUGCAUUGAAUCACAUUUAAAUCAUUCUCUCUCUCUCAAACUCAAAGCUAAGUUUUUUCACUUCUGCCAUGAACUCGCUAACAUUGCAUGACGAAAAGAUGAUAAAAAGAAAGAAGGUAAAAGUAGUUUUUCUCUCACAGAACGCACCCAAACAGUAAAUCAUCAAUCAAGGCUCAAACACAAACAGGUAAAAAGUCCCUUUGUGCUGCAGUUACUAGAUCUACGUGUAGAAUUCUUCAUUUGCAUUUUCCGCCUAUCACCUAUAAAAGAUGGAACAUAUAUACAUGAUCUUGUUUUAUCUGAAUUUUUCUCAAGUUCAGAACGCAAUUUAAAAAAAGCAUCCAUCCUCGUAGACAUGACUGUCGUUAUCUGGUGUUGUCUAUCUCCAUGACGUUGUCGUAGUCUGGAAUAUUUUGACCCGUAGUGUAAUUUUCGUUGAAGCGAGUGUUACGGAUCAAGUUGUUACUGUCUUUUUCGUAGUCGUGAACGUCUUGUCAAUGUCACUGUCGUUUUCGUAGACAUGGGUGUCUUGGCUCGUAACGUCGUCGUCAUUCUCGUAGACGUGAAUGUCUUGGCUCGAAAUUUCGUUGUCAUUCUCAUAGUCAUGAAUGUUUUGGCUUGAAAUUUCGUUGUCAUUCUCAUAGACAUGAAUGUCUUGACUCGAAGUGUCAUUGUCAUUCUCGUAUACGUGAAUGUUUUGGCUCGAAAUUUCGUUGUCAUUCUCAUAGUCAUGAAUAUCUUGGAUCGAAUCUCUACCUCGCGGCAAGCGAUUCUGGGCGUGUUGUAAUGGUAUGAUUACUGGUGGAGGAGGCAGAGAGUCUUCCUCGACUCGACAUUUUCGCGUCCAGGCCACAUUUGCGAGGAGAAACGCCACCACUGCGGAUACAACAGUGCACAUGACUUUGAGUAGGGUUAAUGAGCUGCUGCUGUCAGGACCGAGCGUGUUGGAUUCGUGCUCGUCAUCUCUGACAUUGCUGA